UAGUAUAUAGGGCGCGCUUUCGACGUGAGAAAUUCGAGGGUCGACGACAGCAGCGCUGGCAGUCGUCUCAGCACAACCCGCCAAAAGCCAAGUGUGCGACUCUCUCCCACUCGUCUACACUUUCUCUCUCUUCUGCUAUUAGUCCCGCACGCGGACGUGAAUAAUUUCAUUCGCUUGUGUGAAAUUCAAUUGCGCAACUGUUUUUUUUAACGGAUUUGAUCGAAGAAAUUUCCACGACAUUUAUUCUAGCGCUCGACUUUGUGUGUGGUGUGGUGUGUGCAUAGUGUUCCGUGCGUGAAUGUGAAUGUGAGUGAGAGUGUAGUGCAUGUGUGUGUCUAGUUUGCGCAAUCAUUUUUUAAAUUAUUUGGUUUGAAAUUCCCGCAGUGAGGGACGAUCGAGAGCCAAUCUUUUGGUUAUGACGUGGGCAGGUCCUGCCGUGCUGCUGCAAGUCGAAAAGACUUUGACUUUUCAGUGUCUGAUGUGUCUCUAAUUCGUGAGUGGUGCUGCUGCGUCUGAGAGGCCGUUCUUUUUUCACGCAGUGUGUUCAUAUCCUCAGUGUGUUUCUAAUCGAGAAAAAAUAUCGAAGAAGAAAAUCUCCCAAUCAAUAAAAAAAGAGCCUUUGAUGAGAGUUUGGUGAUUGGAGCUGGGCCGUGAAGUUGAUUGCCCGUCGACGCGGGAUUCGCCAUCAUCUGGCCGUCGGUUCCGAGAAAGAAAAACAAGUUGCCGAUUGCUGGAGUGGGCCGGCUAGCAGCAGGAGAGACCAAGUCUAAUUCAUCAUCUUGACAUCAUUAUCAUCAAGUUGAUCAAAUGGGUUGCGUUCAGAGUCAAUCCAACGGCCAGCCAGCGGCCAAGGACAAAGGAGGAGCUGCUGGCGGCGUCAUUAACGACAACAACGGACAAGGUGGAGCCUCGGCCGUCAUCGUCGACCCUCGUUUACCGCUCAACGCCCGCCAAAAGUAUUCCAUGCUGGCCUCUUGGAAAGGCAUCAGCCGGGCACUCGAACCCACGGGAGUCUACAUGUUCAUCAAGUUGUUCGAGGAGCACCAGGAGCUGCUGAAUUUGUUCACAAAGUUCCACAAGUUGACGACGAGAGACGAGCAGGCCAGCAGCGAGGAGCUGGCCGAGCACGCCGUCUCCGUCAUGACCACCCUGGACGAGAGCAUCCGCUCACUGGACAACGUCGACGCGUUCAUCCUCUACCUCCACCAGGUCGGCCAGUCCCACUACAAAAUACCCGGAUUCCAAAAGGAAUACUUUUGGAAAAUCCGCAAUCCUUUCCUGGAGGCCGUCAAGAUGACGCUGGGAGACCGCUACACGGACAACAUUGAAAACAUUUACAAAGUGUCCAUCAAUUUGGUGAUCGAGACCCUGGUCGAAGGCUACGAAAAGGCCCACCAACAACAUUUAGCGGGCGCCGGUGGCCCGUCGUCAUAGUCGCUGUUUUAUAUAUAUGCAUGAUCCUAUGGUCUUUUUUUUUAAAUUUUUCAAUUAAAUUAUAUAUGAUUCAGUCAUUUGAAUAUAAUAUUUGAAACACAAAAAAACAAAAAAAGGGCCUGCUGGUCUGGUCGUUCAUAUUUCAAAAUGGCCGUUUGGUAAAAUACCGGAAGUUGCAUCAACAACAUUCUCAUCCGCAUCAUCUGUUGUGUGUGUGUGUGUGUGUGUGAUUGUGGUCAUCACAUCGUCAACAAGAAAAAAAAAACCGUCCGGUUUUGGAUCAUUUUGGCGUCAUCUCAUCAAAAGUGCUGCCUCCGCAACAACAUCAACAACAACAACUUACCAAACUCUUGAAAUGCAAAAAUCCAUGUGCUGUACUAUACACACACACACUGUAGCCUAUGCCAUAUGAUUGAUGCUCUUCUCUGUACGUGUGUGUGUAUGUUAGCCGCUAAUGAUGCCAGUGUGUAGAUGAUUACGCAACGGCGAGGAAGGCUCAAAUCUCCAGCCGAUUGGCGCAAUUGUCCCUGUCCCUUCAUCAGCUGAGCGCACAAAAACAAAACAGAUUCCGUACAACUUUUAAUUCCUAUAGUGAUCCAGCCCCCUACAUAUAUUAAAUACAAAUAGAGAUAUGUCGACAGGCAGAAAGAGAAAUGAAUAUUAUAUAUAGAUUGGUAAAAAAAAAAGCCGUGACUGAUUGCUUCUAUAUUCGUCCGGCCCUGAUUUGAUUAGUCGAUUCUUUUUCUAUUAUUCAAUUUUGACGACACAAGAAACGCCAUAUAGACCGAGACUUAUUGUCUGCUGCCGGGAUAGAGAGAGACACACCCACCAACGCUAGAAAAAGCAAUUUCAAUCGAGGAUAGAAAAAAUCAAUCACGAAAUAACAAAAAGGGGGCGACAAUAUAUCUAACGGGAUUGAUGGAAUUGGGAAAAAAAAAACCGGAGGUGAUGAAAAACAAACAAAAGCCAGACAGAAUAGGGUGGGGUUGGGUGGAAAAAAUUGAAUUGACACACACACACAAGACAAGAUGAUACACGCGUUCUAUAUAUAUAUAUAUCUUAUUCUCUAGACACAAUGUGGCUCAAGUAAAAUUCAAAUUUUUUCGGUUUGUUUCGACAUAAAAAUUGAUAAGUUUAUUGAUGGGCGAUGUAUUUGACGCGUUCUGAAUCUUGACUUGUAAAACCGUGCCGUCGAUAAACAAGAGUCUAUUUCUAAAUUGAAUCUAUACUAGUGUUGCAUGUACCAUAUAAUAUAAGCAGCUUGAUUGGGCGUCUUAUUCAAUCAUGCUGCCAUGUUUCUGUAAAUAUAUUAUUUGCAUCGUUUUUCUGUCUAGUCUCCACCAGCAGCAGCAGUCGGGAUGAUUUUGAUGUGUGAGGUGGUCCUUUGUUACAUCAUCACUGUCCAUUCUUUCCUUUGUUAUUGUACGCCCAGCGCUCACAACAGACACCUAAACGAGCCCUAUAUGUAUACCACCACCACCAUUUUGGCUUGUAUAUCUGAUAUUGAUUGUUCCCAAUCUGUCACUCCCUACAAUCAACGAUCUAUAGUGUGCUUGUGCAGCAGCCAUCGUCGGUCCAUUUUCUCCGAACAUGUAAGCGGGAUAUGAGAUCGGAUGUCCAGUAAUAGCCACCACGUAUAUAAGUGGCGUCGGUUCUUUUUUAGAUUUAUAUAUAAACGGACGCGGCGGAUAAGAACUGGCUUUUAUCCAUCCUGCGGAAAUCACCUGGGCGGAAAAAUAGCGGAACGGAAAUAAAGGGCGAUGGAAAAAUAAAAAGACUAUAUCCGGUAUGAAUUGGCGAAAAAUGGACGAGAGAACACAAACAAGAAUAGCCUGCGGAUUAUUCGAGAUGAAUGAGCGCGGAGAUCAAAAGAGAAAAGCAAUUUGUUGCGAAUUAUUUCUCUCUUUUUUUUUACCGAAAAUGAGUGAAUUAAAUCAGAGGUUACAUUUAUAAUAGCCCCACUCAGUGCUGGCUCUCUUCACAUGUAUAAUAUCGAAGCGAAAUAAUCAACCCUCAUCAUCUUCAAUUGAAACGACCAAACCGAAAUAUACCGUCGAGCGCUGGGGCAGAUCAUUUGUUUCUUUAUAUAUCGUUUCAAUUUUCAAGUCUGUACUACAAGGUCCUAAUAGUAUCUAUACUUAGACAUCAACUGCGGAUAAAACAUGUCCGCCCAACAACCCACACACGUCAAUCGAUCCGGACAUGAAUAAUAUAGACCAACUUUUCUGUCCCUCUUCUCUCUCCCAGCAUAAAAGCAUAAGAGUCAAUUACGAUUUGUUGAGUUGAAUUGCAAUUACUGUAAGACAUUGAACUGCGCUGUCAUGUCGCGUCUGUUCUUUCCCAUGACGUCAAUCCCACGUUCACACGAAUUUUUUAGUUUUGAUUCAGAAAU